AUGACGCUUUCUCGCAUUGAUGAAGAGCUUUCAAGUGAUGAAACUGAGGAAACGCAGCCCCUGCUUUAUCCUGAAAAAAAAUGGUCAAGCGUAAGCAAUGAAUUAAGCAUAGUGCUGCUGAAUGCAAUGCCACUGACGGUAACAUUUCUCUUACAAGGAUCUAUCCCAUCUAUGCCUCUACUUUUUGUUGGGAGACUUGAUGCCUUACAACUCGGCGGUGUUGCAAUAGCUAAUGUUACAUUCACAGUAUCAGUUGCUGUUUUUCUGGGCCUUACUACUUCAUUAGAUACGUUGUGUCCGCAGGCAUUUGGUGCUCGUCAGUAUAAGCUCGUUGGACUGUACCUCCAGCGUUGCGUCAUUCUGGCUUUUGCAAUAGCAAUACCGAUGAUACUCGCUUGGGUAUAUUCCGGUUGUAUACUGAUCCAUUUCAUCGAUAAUCCUGAAAUUGUAAAGAUUGCAUCAAGCUAUUUGCGUCUGAUGACAUUUUCUUUGCCAGGUUUUAUUAUAUUUGAAUGUGGGAAAAGAUACUUCCAGUCAAUGAAUAAUUUCACUAAAGGUCAAUAUAUACUGUUCAUAUGUGCUCCUUUUAAUGCUGUUCUGGGCUACGUCAUGAUUUUGAGAUUUCAGUUAGGAUACGUUGGUGCAUGCUGUUCCUUGAUUUUUACCUACAACUUGAUGGGACUCAUUAUGGCCAUAUCAAUCUAUUUCUGCCAUAUUGACAUGAAGAGGAAUACCCCUGACCUUGAUUGCUGGCAUGAAGUCUCUAGCAAAGUUUUUGAUGGUUGGAGCACUAUGAUAGAACUCUCCCUUCCAGGAAUCAUUAUGGUUGAAUCAGAGUUUUUUGCUUUCGAGUUUACAUCUAUUCUAGCUGCAAGAUUUGGUACAACUGUAUUAGCGGCUCAAUCGAUUGCAUCAACAGUAGAAUCCUUAACAUUCCAAAUCCCAUUCUCUGUUGGUGUUGCAGCAUCAAACAGAAUUGCCUUCCAUAUCGGACAAGGCAACAUUCGAAAUUGUAAAACUGCGGUAGGUUGUACGUUGGUUUAUAUUGGUACUGUUCUAUGUUUAUUGAAUUUUUCUCUAUUAACUUUCGGUAGAUAUGUCAUAGCUAAGCUUUUCACCAGUGAUCCAGAGGUAAUUUCUUCAACUGUUCCAUUAAUCAGUAUAAUUGCUGUAAACCAAUUUUGGGACAUCUUCAACGUAUUCGGCGCUGCCUGUUUAAGAGCGCAGGGUAGGCAAAGAAUCGGCGGAUGUUUUAGUCUUAUCGCAUACUAUGUAAUUGGAUUGCCACUUGGAGUGUAUUUGGGAUUUAAGAAGCACUUAGGUGCCCGGGGGUUCUGGAUUGGUAUUGGCACAGGUAUUUUCUUCCUGUCAAUUACCGAAUUGAUGUGUGUCUAUAGAUCAAACUGGACAAAAAUUCUUCAAACAGCAAAAAAAAUGCAUAACUACUAG